GGAUGAGCUGUCACUGCUGAGAGUUGCCAUGGUUUGCGGCGUUUCCUCAGCACAGAUGGAGAAUCAGGAGAUUGCUCCAUGCCCUUGGAGUGCUUUCAGGUAUGAUCUGUUGUUUUGCUGGCUUACACCCACCAUGCGGCGGGCCAAGGGGAAAAAGGUGGAACUGGAGGACUUGCCACAGCUCCCCAAGUCAGAUACCCUGGCCGAAAUCUGGAGCCCCAAGCGGCGGCUUGCGCCACCGGACUCGGUUCGCCGGGUGGCACGUGGAGAGUUCGUUGGGAUGCUUUACGCGGCCUUGGCCAUGUUGCUCUAUGCCACCUCGAUGACUUUGAUGCCCGUGGCCAUGAUGAUGGUCAUCAAGUGCGCAGAGGUCGAGGAGACGGAUGACUUCAAUUGGCUGGACGCCUCCUGGAGCCAUCCGGAGGCCAUGAUCUAUUGGAUCAUCAUCUAUGUGGUGCUGCAGUCCAUUUCAGCGGUGGCAAACCACUGGCAAUUCCAUUUGGCAUAUCACGCUGGUCAGCGGAUGCGGGCACAGGUGAUCUUGAUGGUCUUCCAGAAGGCUUUGAAGGUGGAUCCCCGGGUGAGGCCUUCCGUGGGUCACACCUUGAAUUUGAUGUCCACUGACGCGCAGAAAUUCUUAGAAGCGCUCCCGUUCCUCCACAAGCUUUGGGCCUCUCCGCUGCAAGUGGUGAUCGCAAGCAUUAUUUUGCUGGCCCUUGUGGACGUGAGCGCCCUUUGUGGCAUCGCGGUGCUCGUGCUGGUGGUGCCCAUGUCUCGUCAACUGGCCAAGCUGCUGAACCGGUUCCGGGCGCAGCACUUGGUCUUUCAAGAUCAGCGCGUGCGCAUGUGUGUGGAGAUGCUGGAAGGCAUCCGUUGCAUCAAGUACUUUGCCUGGGAGAAGCCCUACUUGCAGCGGGUCUUUGGCUUGCGCACACAUGAGAUUUAUUGGGCUUUGCGCGAGUCCUUGGUCUUUGGUUUCUCAAUGAUCUUUGCAGUCUUGAGCCCAACUUUGGCUUUCACUGCCACGCUCUUGGCCUUUGUCCUGCAGGGCUCUGCCACCCUGACGGCCACGCGGGUCUUUGGGACCUUGGCCUUGCUGAAUGCCUUGCGCUUUCCCAUCAUGGACCUCGGUAGCAUGCUGGCCACCAUCGUCUCGCUCUACACCUCCUGGCACCGUCUCCGAAAGUAUCUUCUCCUUCCAGAGGCGGGCGUUCCUGUGCAGGAACUCAAGGACGACUUGGUGCAGGUUCAGCUGGACCAUUGCAGCUUUAGCUGCACAGAAGGAGGGAAAGAGCUCUUCCGGCUCAAGUUGGACACUGAGCUGCAGGUGCGGUGCGGCGAGGUGGUGGUGAUCUUGGGCAAGGUGGGCAGCGGCAAGUCGACGUUGCUGCAGGGCCUCUUGGGGGAGGUGAACUGCCAGGGGACCUUCCUCGCCUGUCGCGGCAGGAUUGCCUAUUGCUCUCAACAAGCUUGGAUCCGGAACGAGUCGAUGCGGGAGAACAUCUUGUUCGGCGAAGCCAUGGACACGGAGUGGUAUACCACAGUGCUGGAGGCGUGUGGCUUGGCCACCGACCUGAAGCAAUUGGCCCACGGCGACCUCACCGAGAUCGGUGAGCGCGGCAUCACCCUGAGCGGAGGCCAAAAGCAGCGAGUGGCUUUGGCGCGAGCUGUCUACAACCGCAAAUGCUCCCUGCUCUUGCUGGACGAUGUGUUCAGCGCGCUGGAUGCUCACACCUCGCGUCACAUCUUGCAGGCGCUCCUGGGCCCGGAGGGCCUCCUGCGCGACCGCGCCGUGGUGAUGGCCUCGCACAGCACGGCCUGCGCCGAGCGAGCACAGAAGGUGCUGCUACUGGGAACUCCACCAGGGGCCGAAGAGGAAUCCAGCUUGCUCUUUGAAGGGACCUGGCGCGAGCUCUGCGAUGAGAAGGAGUUGCUUCAACUUAUUGGUCAGGUUGAGACGGAGACGCAUCAUGAGAAGGAGGAACAUGCACAGGAGACCUUGGAGUUGCAGAAGCUUGAGGUGAGCAAGCCGCCAGGUUUGAUGAAGGCAGAGGAUCACAGCGGCAGCAUCUCAUGGCGUGCCAUCCGCAUGUACCUGCGUGCUGCGGGAGGUUGGGCUGUGGUGUCUCUCUUCGUGCUGAGCUCGGUGCUGGAACGCACGUUGAUCAUCGGCUUGGAUUGGUGGCUGUCUCGUUGGACAACAGUGACCAGUGAGGCGACAGCAGAUGAGGUGGAGGUGAGCUUCUACCUCGGCGUCUACUUGGUCGUGGUGCUUUUCGCUGCCUUCUUCGUGGCCCUCAGCCGUUUGACCAUUGCCGUGUCCACCGUGAAAGCUGGCCAACGUCUUUUCGAGCAGCUUGCCAUGCGCGUGGCUCAUGCACCCACUCGCUGGUGGGACACCACUCCUUUGGGUCGGGUCUUGAACCGCUUCAGCUUCGACACCGAGAACGCGGACACCACGCUGGUGACGAAGCUCUUCCCCGCGAUCAUGUCCUUGAGCUGGUGUGCUGGGGCGAUUGCAGUCAUGGUGGUGACCUUUUGGCCCUGGUCCCUUCUCUUCGUCCCCAUCCCCACCUUCAUCUACUUCCGGCUGUUCCAGUUCUCCAGGAAGUCCAUCCGACAGUUCCAGCAGCUGGAUAGCAUCUCGCGGAGUCCCAUGCAGUCGGUCUACUCCGAGGUCCUGAAUGGCAUCGUGAGCGUCCGUGCCUUCGCCUGCGAGGCUCAAUACCAAGAGCGCUUGGCCAACGUCAUCGACGUGAACUCGGGCGCCAUUUUGACGUUUAACUCCUCGAACCGUUGGUUGGGCGUCAGGGUGGAGCUCCUGGCAGCCUUCAUCAGUAGCUUGUUGGGCCUCGGCGUGUGGCUUUUGCGCGGCUUCGUUCCGGCGAGCUUAGUUGGCAUGUGCUUCAUUUGGAACUCGAACUUAGCCGUCUCCCUCGGGUUCAACUGCAUCUUCUCCAGCCAGGCCGAAGCAUGCUUCACGUCGAUCGAGCGCAUCACUGAGUAUGCCGUGGAGGUCCCCGACGAGAGACUGGAGCAUCCAGACGUCGCGAGGUGCACUGCUGCUGGCACUGCUGGUGCCAGCGGAGGCCGCGGAGAGGAGGGCAGUGCCUUGCUCAGCUUCAACCAGGUGUCGCUGAGAUAUCAGCCUGGCCUUCCAUUGGCGCUGAACGCUGUGAGCUUCCACCUACAGCGCCAGGAGCGCUUGGCGGUGGUCGGCCGCACGGGCUCUGGAAAGUCGACCUUGGCGGUGGCCUUGUUCCGAUUGUGCCCCUUGGAGGAGGGCCAAGUGCUUCUGAGGGGGCAAAACUUGGCGCAGCUGCCCCUUGAUGUGGCGCGACGCUCCAUGGGCAUCAUCACACAGGAUCCCGUGAUCUUCAGUGGUACGGUGCAUUACAACUUGGACCCCUUCGGCGAGUUCGACGCGGAGAAAUGCUCGGCCGCUCUGGAGCAGGCGCAGCUGGCGGAGAGCUUGGAGCUUGAGACGCAGAUCGAUCAGGCGGGUGCCAAUCUCUCAGUGGGGGAGCGCCAGCUCCUGUGCCUGGCUCGGGCAUUGCUACGAAGUCCGAAGCUGCUUGUUUGUGAUGAGGCAACGAGCUCGGUGGAUGCUAUCACGGACGCGCAAGUGCAGAAAUGCCUUCGCAACGCCGUGAGAACCUUCGAUGCGAGCUUGCUGACCAUCGCCCACCGCUUGGUCACGGUGGCCGACUACGACAAGGUAAUGUUGCUGCAAGCAGGGCAAGUGAAGGAGUUCGAUUCUCCCGGCAAGUUGUUGGCAGAGAAGUCCUCGGCCUUCUCUCAGUUAGUUGACAGCAUGGGCCAACGCGAGGCGGCGGCGAUCCGGCAGAUCGCCGUAUCCACGGGGCCCACACAGCUCUCCCUGUGAGUUGUGAACCGAAAAAAAUGCAUUGAGCGACGAGUUCAGAUGUGCUGGUGGGUCAGUUCCAUGGUGUCUUGCUUGAUG